AUGGCGGGGGUGUGGGCGGUGUUAAAUAAAUUUGAUGGGUGGGUGGGUGUGAGGGGUUUAGGAAUGUUUUGUAGAUUUUUGGGGGGGGUGUGGGGUGGGUGGUGGGGGUGGGGUGGGGGGGGAUGUGGGGGAUUGAAAAUAGUGUGGGUGAGGGGGGGGGGGGGGGGGUUGGGGUGUUGGAAUGAGUUUUGUGGGGGGGGGGGGGUGUGGGUUGGGGUGUUGGGGUUGUGGGGAGGGGUAGGGUUGUGGGUGGGGUGUGGGGUAUGUAUUGUGAUAGGGAUUGGGGGGGGGGUGGGGGGGGGGGGUUUUUUGGGGUGGGGUGGGGGUGGGGUGGGGUGUGUUGGUGGGGUGGGGGGGGGGGUGGGGGGGGGGUGGUUGGUGGGUGGUGGUGGGGGGGGAGGUUGA